CAGCCAGUUAUCUUGCGAAGGUCGGCUGGGUCAGGUGGAAAUAUUGAAUAAAAUUAUUGUAUUACAAUAAUUGUACGCUUGAAACCCACAAAAAUGUUUUCCCGAGCUUUGAGACCCGUCGCCAAUGGCGUUUACGCCCAAAGUGGUUCCAUGAACUUCUCCACUACCUCCCAGAGGAACUUCAAAGUAGUGGUAGCUGGUGCCUCCGGUGGUAUCGGCCAGCCCUUGGGUCUUCUGCUCAAACAGAACCCUCUUAUAACCCGCCUGGCCCUGUACGAUAUCGCCCCAGUGACUCCGGGGGUGGCCGUGGACUUGUCCCACAUGGACACCCCCGCUCAGGUGUCAGGUCACAAAGGUCCAGAGGAACUUGGCGCCGCGAUCAAAGACGCGGACGUUGUGGUGAUCCCGGCGGGAGUCCCCCGCAAGCCGGGCAUGACCCGCGACGACCUGUUCAACACCAACGCCUCCAUUGUCCGCGACCUCGCCCUCAGCAUCUCACAGAACUCCCCCAAAGCCAUCGUGGCCAUCAUCACCAAUCCGGUCAACUCCAUGGUGCCUAUUGCUUCUGAGGUCUUGAAGAAGGCUGGAGUAUACGACCCUCGGCGCGUGCUCGGCGUCACUACCCUGGACGUGGUCCGCGCCGCGGCCUUCAUCGGCGAGAUCAACGGAGUAGACCCGCGCAGCGUCACCAUCCCCGUCAUCGGCGGCCACUCGGGCGUCACCAUCCUGCCCGUGCUCAGCCAGAGCCAGCCCGCGGUCAAGCUCUCCGACCAGGCCAAGAUCAAGGCUUUGACUGAGAGGAUACAGGAAGCUGGCACUGAGGUGGUGAAGGCGAAGGCGGGAGGCGGGUCCGCGACCCUGUCCAUGGCGUACGCCGGCGCCAGGCUGACCAACUCUGUGCUCAGGGGACUCAAUGGCGAAUCAAACGUGGUGGAGUGCGCGUACGUGAAGUCGGACCUGACGGAGGCGGCCUACUUCGCGAACCCGCUCGUGCUCGGCAAGAACGGCGUCGAGAAGAACCUCGGAUUCGGCCAACUUAACGCUUUCGAACAGGAACUCCUUAAGGCCGCCAUCCCUGAACUGCUAAAGAACAUCAAGGUCGGUGAAGAUUUCGCCAAGAAGUAAACUCGACACUUCAGCGGGUGUAGGUGGCGCUACUGUAGCUUUAUAAGCUAUGGCCGAUAGACAAUCAAUUGAAUUAUAAAUAUUAGAUGCGAUUUUAUUUAUUGUAUAGAAGAAAUCAUAACAGGCGAUAUUUCGUCUAGUCUGUGGUAGUAUUAAGAAUUAAAAAUAAUAUUCUAUCAGUGAUUUUUAUAAAUAAACUUUAUAUAAAAGUUACCACGAUCGAAUCGCUAAAAUGAUAAUUUUUAAAUUUUAAUAUGUUUUUAGAUUAUUUAUUUUUUAUUUGAUUUUGUUACAACUUCGUAUCAUGUAAGUGUAAGUGGAUUUUUUGACUAUGAAAAUGGCGCCAUCUACAUAUUGUCUAUGGUAGCGUUGGUACGAGAUCGACUCGUGAUACAAAUACAUAGUAAAAUAGCACGAAUAUAUUAAAUAUAACCCAAUUUAUUAUAGUAUGCCCGGCAUUUUCCGUUGUCUUGAAGAUAUUCAUUCGAGCAAAAGUACCAAAGUUGCCAAGUGGUGAAUGUUUUUGUAAAUAUACAUGUUUUGUUAAUGAGUGAUAAAGUUGUAUUAAAGGUCCUUUAUUAUAAAA